AUGCCGAUCCCCGAGUCCUACAAAGCAUUCCGUCGCACUGCCGACGGCUCAUCGGUAGAGAUGACGGAAGAGAAGCUGCCAUCUGAUCUUCAACCUAAUCAUGUUGUGAUCCGGAUCCAUGCUGUUUCCCUCAACUACAGAGAUGUUGCCAUGAUGCAUGGGAAGUAUCCGGUCCAGGUGAUUGACCGUGGUAUCCCCGCCUCCGACUGCGCUGCAGAAGUUAUCACUGUUGGUUCCGAAGUCAAAGAUUUCAACCCAGGGGAUCGCGUUGCACCUCUUUUUGAUCUGAAGAGCAUCACCGGGACUGAGGAUGAGAUGGAGGCUCUUGGCGGCGACGCCGAUGGUGUACUACGCCAAUACGCAGUUUUUGACCAGAAGGUGUUGGUUCAUUUACCGAAGCACCUUUCUUGGGAGGAGGCAGCCUGCAUUAACUGCGCGGGAACAACUGCAUGGAAAGCACUUGACAUGCCACGAUCUAGUGGCUCUGCGCUGCUCCAAGGAACCGGGGGCGUUAGCAUGUUUGCGCUCUUGAUCUGCCUGGCAGCUGGCAUCCAGCCUAUCAUUACAUCCUCGUCUGAUGAAAAGCUGGAAACAGUGCGGGCUCUGGGCAAGCCAGGACAAGUGAAAACUAUCAAUUACAAAACUCACCCUAAUUGGGAGGAGGAAGCGCGCCGUCUGACCAAUGGACGAGGUGUGGAUGUUGUUGUUGACAAUGUCGGCCCUACUGCUAUCGCACAGAGCCUCUCUUCCCUCGCCCGGAGAGGUGUUAUUUCCUUCGUCGGCUUCCUGGGUGGGUUUAACCUAGAUAAUCAACCAGACGUACUUGGACCUGUGCUAUUGAAGAGUGCGACAUUGAGGGGAAUUACCCCCGGCUCCAAACCCGAAUUUCAGGCUUUAUGCAAUUUUUUGGAAGAAAAGGCAGUUCAGCUGAAGCCUGUAAUGGAUAAAACCAUAUUUAACUUCGAAGACUCAAAGGCUGCCUUUGACCAUCUCUAUGCUGCCAAGCAUAUGGGCAAGGUAGUCAUCAGAGUUUAG